UCAUUCACUCAUUUUGUUCAACCUUUUUCCACCAUAAGUCAUACCACCACAUACACUUAAACUCAUAUACUUUAUCAUACUUCACUCUCAUACAACCUAAGCCACCACUCUCUCUCCGGCCAAUAACCAAAUCUCCGGCCACCGUCGCCACCCUCGAAAUGCCGCGCCUCGCCGUCUUCUUCUUCUUCCUGCUCGCACUCCCUGCUAUCAAUGGAUUCCGUCCAAGAAAUCUCGGAGAAAUCAUUCAGAAUAAGUGUGCCGAAUGCCUGCAUCCUCCUCCGCCUCCUCCUCUACCCGAAUGUCCACCCCUACCGCCGCCAUCUCCUCCUCCUCUACCUCCUUAUUGUCCUCCUCUACCGCCGUCCCCACCGCCGCCUCCUCUACCGUCCCCUCCACCGCCUAUUCUACCCUCACCACCACCGCCUAUUGUACUCUCACCACCACCGCCUAUUCCACUCCCACCUCCACCCCCUAUUCCACUCUCACCUCCACCGCCUAUUCUACCCUCACCACCACCGCCGCCAGUUCUGCCGGCGCCGCCGCCACCGCCCAUUUUCAUUCCACCACCUCCAAGGGGUUCCGGCGGUCAAUCCCUAUACAUAACCAGCCCGGAUGGGCAAUUGUACCCGGUCUACCACCCUCUUUCCGGCGCGGAAAACCGGUUCGCCGUGGGAAUAUUACCACUGUUGACCGGCGGUUUAUUAUUCUUGGGGUUAUUUAUGACUUAUAAGCUUUCAAUAUUGUGCAGAAAAUUGAUCACUGAUCCUUAGGUUGGUACACGUUUUAUACCCUUAAUUAUGUUGUAUUAGUGUUUAGUUUUUGUAAUAAUUCCAAUACUUUUUUUUCA